AUGGUACCCGGCUGGGCCAUCAAGGGGACCCAGGAGCCCAGCUGGCCCAUCAAGGGGACCCAGGACACCGGCUGGCCCAUCAAGGGGACCCGGGAGCCCGGCUGGCCCAUCAAGAGGACCCAGGACCCCGGCCGGCCCAUCAAGGGGACCCAGGACCCCGGCCGGCCCAUCAAGGGGACCCAGGACCCCGGCUGGCCCAUCAAGGGGACCCAGGACCCCGGCUGGCCCAUCAAGGGGACCCAGGACCCCGGCCGGCCCAUCAAGGGGACCCACAACCGUGGCUGGCCCAUCAAGGGGCCCAGGACCCCAGCUGGCCCAUCAAGGGGACCCAGGACCCCGGCUGGCCCAUCAAGGGGACCCAUGACCGUGGCUGGCCCAUCAAGGGGCCCAGGACCCUGGCUGACCCAUCACGGGGUCCCAGGACCCCGGCUGACCCAUCACAGGGUCCCAGGACCUCGGCUGACCCAUCACGGGGUCCCAGGACCUCGGCUGACCCAUCACAGGGUCCCAGGACCUCGGCUGACCCAUCACGGGGUCCCAGGACCCCGGCUGGCCCAUCAAGGGGACCCAGGACCCCGGCUGGCCCAUCAAGGGGACCCCAGAGCCCGGCUGGCCCAUCAAGGGGACCCAGGACCCCGGCUGACCCAUCAAGGGGUCCCAGGACCCCGGCUGGCCCAUCAAGGGGACCCAGGACCCCGGCUGACCCAUCAAGGGGUCCCAGGACCCCGGCUGGCCCAUCAAGGGGACCCACGAUCGUGGCUGGCCCAUCAAGGGGACCCACGAUCGUGGCUGGCCCAUCAAGGGGACCCAGGACCCCGGCUGGCCCAUCAAGGGGACCCAGGACCCCGGCUGGCCCAUCACGGGGUCCCAGGACCCCGGCUGGCCCAUCACGGGGUCCCAGGACCCCGGCUGACCCAUCACGGGGUCCCAGGACCCCGGCUGGCCCAUCAAGGGGACCCAGGACCCCGGCUGGCCCAUCAAGGGGACCCAGGAGCCCGGCUGGCCCAUCAAGGGGACCCACGACCCCGGCUGGACCCCGGCUGGCCCAUCAAGGAGACCCAGGAGCCCGUCUGGCCCAUCAAGGGGACCCACGACCCCGGCUGGCCCAUCAAGGGGACCCAGGAGCCCGGCUGGCCCAUCAAGGGGACCCAGGACCCCGGCUGGCCCAUCAAGGGGACCCAGGAGCCCGGCUGGCCCAUCAAGGGGACCCAGGAGCCCGGCUGGCCCAUCAAGGGGACCCACGACCCCGGCUGGCCCAUCAAGGGGACCCACGACCCCGGCUGGCCCAUCAAGGGGACCCAGGAGCCCGGCUGA